CUAAAUUAAAAAAUGAGUGUAACCGCGUACAAAACAUUAAACUUUAUUGUGGCCAUAUUAGCAAAUUAUACUCUCCAUUUCUUCAUAUAUAUACUUUUUUGCAAAAAUCCAGAUAAACCGUGUGUGUUGUUUCCAUAAAAAUAAAUAUGGAUAAACAAAUUAAUACUCCUAGAGAAGCAGACAAUUAUGUAGAAAUUCUUCAUAAGCAGUUGUAUUUUGCAGUAUUGACUGGAAAGGAAAUUAUCAAGCUGAAAUAUAAUAAUAUUAACAAUAAUAAAAUUGUAUUCAUCUGCAUAGACGAUGAAUUCUAUUACGAAAAUUACUACAAUGAUUUUGGACCUUUCAAUAUCUCUUGUUUGUAUAAAUAUUGUCUAAAAAUGAGAAAAUAUAUCAAUUCCACAAAAGGUGAAAAAUGUGUGGUACAUUACACCUGUGAAUACCCAGAAAAAAAAGCAAAUGCUGCUUGUUUGAUGGGAUUGUUUUGUAUUAUGUAUUUGAAUUUUCAACCCAAAGAUAUUUGGAAUAUUUUGCAGAAACUUGGCCCUUACAAAUUAUUUUGGGACGCAUCCAUACAGUCGUGUGGAUUUCAUUUAAGAAUAAUUGACUGUCUGUACAGCUUACAAAGAGCUAUCACAUUUAACUUCGUAAACUUCGAGGAUUUUGAUGUAUCAGAAUAUGAUUUAUGUGACAAACUUCAGUAUGGUCAUAUGAAUUGGUUGCUUCCUCGGAAGUUCUUAGCAUUUAUUGGGCCUGCUGAUAAUCGUACUGCACACUCCCCCCAUUUUUACAUAAAAUAUUUUCUAAAUAAUGAUGUAAAAACUAUCAUAAGAUUAAAUGUUGCAUCGUACAAUGCUUCAGCUUUUACACAAGUUGGAAUAGAGCACUUCGACCUAAUAUUUCCUGAUGGUUCUACGCCUUCCAAAGAAGUACUAAUAAAAUUUUUAGCAAUUACAGAAGCGGCCCCCUCUGCAAUAGCUGUACAUUGUAAGGCCGGUUUAGGAAGAACUGGUUCUCUUAUUGGUGCUUAUCUUAUAAAACAUUACCAAAUGACCGCAAGGGAAGCGAUUGCGUGGAUGAGACUGUGUAGACCCGGUUCUGUCAUAGGUCAACAACAAUUAUGGCUACAAAAGGUUGAAAGUUGGUUGUGGAAAGCAGGAAUCGAAUACAGGUUGAAGCAAUUUGGUGCAGUAGAUGCAAUUCCAAAACAUGUAUACGGAAUCUACAGUAAGCAAUGGUUAAAAGAUAGAGAGAAAGUUAUAACAGAAACAAGAAGAAAAUUACGGCCAACAUUGGCGCGAACACAACUAUCUAAAGUAUCUGAAAAGAACAUUUCUUUAAGCGUCGAUUCCUUUGCUAAAAUUUCGCGCACACAGAAACAAAAUAGACGAAAAAUGACAGAAGAUAACGCACACUCAUUAAAAAAUUUCACAAAAUUAUUAGGUGAUGUUCGUGUACCGAAUAAGAGACCAUCUACAUUGGGAAAUAGUUUAAUUAGAAAGACUGGAUAUAACUCUCCAAGCUAUAGCUUGGUACCAUCUUUCGCCAAAUCAAGCUUUACAUCAAGAAAUGAACGAGUUAGAUUUGAACAAUUAUUUACUCCUGUUCCAGAUAAACGGAAAACGCAAAAGAUUACUCAGGGUGAUCGUUUAAAUAAAAUUAAAGCUUCCUGGUAUUCGAACAGAACGUCUGAAUAUCGACCAUAUUCCGAAAAUGUAACGUAUCGGAAAUUGCUGUCCAAUUUUUCAUAAAUA